AUGUCAGUCUGGUCGGAUAAAAAGUCGCAGAACCGCACUCUGCGGAUUCUCCAAGCCGCAACCGAGGGCAAAUACGGCGUCCUCGCCGCCGUCGCCUACAACGUCGAGCACCUCACGGCCCUCGUGAGGGCUGCCGAGGCCAAGAGGUCGCCGAUGCUCAUCCUGCUGUUCCCCUCGACCGUCAAGCAGCUCCCGACGCUGCCGUGGGCCGUCGCCGCCGCCGUCCAGUCGGCCACGGUGCCCCUCGCGCUGCACCUCGACCACGCCCAGGACGAGGCGCAGAUCCGCGACAUCGCCGCGGCGCUGCCCUUCGACUCCAUCAUGGUCGACAUGAGCCACCACGACCACGUCGAGAACCUGGCCCGGACGAAAGUGCUCACGCGGGUGUGCCACGACCACGGCAUCGCCGUCGAGGCCGAGAGCGGGCGCAUCAACGGCGGCGAGGACGGCAUCGCGGACACGGGGGACUUGGAGGCUCUGUUCACCAGCCCCGAGGAGGUCGAGGACUUCAUCGAGGCCGAGAUCGACCUCCUGGCGCCCAGCAUCGGCAACAUCCACGGCGACUACGGCCCCAAGGGCCCCGAGCUCGACUACGAGCGGCUGGCCCGCAUCAACGGGCAGAUCGACGGCCGCGUGCUGAUGGCGCUGCACGGCACCAACGACUUCAGCGCGGACAUCCUGCAGCGGUGCAUUCGAAACGGGGCGAUCAAGCUGAACGUGAACAAGCUGCUGCUCGAGGUCUGGAACGUCCACCUGCAGGAGAACGCGGCGAAGAAGCCGCUGUCGCAGCUGAUGGAGGACGGGAUGAACAUUCUGCAGGAGGAGGUUGAGCGGUGGAUCGACGUUUGCGGCAGUGCUGGAAAGGCUUGA